AUGGAGAAACCGAAAAAUACAGAGGAAUUGACUAAACUGUUGCGUUCAAAAGAUAUUACAACAACGAAAAUAGUCGAAGUAGUCUCAUCUUUGAAAGAUCUUGAUUUCGAAUUUCCAAAUGCUGAAGUAUUCAUAUUAGAAUUGAUACAAGAUAGAUGGAAUGAUCAUAAGUUGGUAGAAUUUAAACGAGAUUAUAAAAUAUGGAAGUUGUUUAAUGAAUUGUGGUCCAGGCUCCAAAAUACCUCUUUGAAGAAGAGAAUGUUCAGAUCUUUGAAAUUCGUCCCAUUGUUACUACAAACUUUAGACUUAACUAAUUUAGACCGUGUACCAUUCUUAAAGGAAUUGAGACAAUUGUGUUUUGCUAUUAAUUCGACUGUGACAAUUGACAUACCAACCGAAAGUACGUUCAAGAUUCUUGGAGGAAUAUUGAAUUUAAUCAGCAGCAUUCCAUCAACUGAUUUAAAUAAAAAUGGAGAAAGUGAACUAAUAUACGAGAUCAUUAAUCUAACCAAUAUAGAAAAUACUCCUUUGGUAAAUCCCAAACUAGCGACUUCAUAUUGUUCCUACCUGUUAGUACCGACUUUGGAAUACUUGAAUAAAUUUGGGGAUACUAUAGAUCCUUUAACCCGUUAUAUGAAAAUAUUUCUUUUUGAUGAACAUUUAGAUCCAACCAAACUUCUCGCGAAGUUCAUUAAGGAUAACAAAGAACAACUAAAACCCGAACUAGCCGCUCUUCUAUUCCAAAAAUCUAUCUCAUUCUUAGCUAGCAAUAAUUUUCAACAAUUAGAAAAAAUUUACACGUUGGUAAUUGAUAUCGAUCCAAAAUUAGCCCCAACUUUAUUGAAGGAAUUAUCAUUGUCGAAAAAAACCUUAUCGCAACCAUUUCUAGAGAACUUAUUAGAUAGUCAACUUUCACUAUGUUCAACUGCAAAUUCCUAUGAUCUUCCGUUCUGGUCAUUAUUAUCACAUAUUAUCGACCUUGAUAUCGAAGUAGGUAUUAAGUAUGUUCAAACUUUAUUGGAUUUAAUCUAUACGCAAACGACACUCAAUCCAAAGGAAACAUCGACCAUAUACAAGAAAAUAGUUCAUUGUUACGUAAAUGCAAGAGAAUUACUAGAUUUCAUAAAUCUACUACAAGUAUACUGUGAGAAAAAUACCGACUAUUCGAAAUUAUUCCUUGUGAAUCCUAAUUUCACAGAAAUUAUUUCAAGGAAUAUCUCGGCAUUAUCAGUCAAACAAAUGUUGCUAUUAUUCAAUGGUCUUUUAGACUCUUUAUCUGCAAAUGGCUCUAAUGAAAUUGCCUUCCUUUCUUUAAAAGUAUGUUUAGAAGGGUUACCAAGAUUAACGUACACAAUAUUACCGGAUUUGAAAGAUGACCUUUCUAAGAUAUUUGAACUAAACCUCCCAGAUGUGAUGAAACAAUAUGAAUUGAGAUAUUUAAUUAUGGAAGUGUACGAUGAUAUUAUCCCGGAGAAAGUUUUGGAAGAUUUAUCAUCAAUGGAAAACCUAGAAAAUCUUUUAUCAAGCAUAGAAAGCCGUAGAGAGAUUUUCUUCUAUUUUUUCAAACUGAGAGAAUACAAAGAAUUUGAUAUAUCACCAGUUACAAGCAAAUUUAAAUCCUUCUUAAAUUCUUCUGAUCCUGUCGCUACACGAUUAAUAUUACAUGCCUUAUUUACCAAUUGGAGUUCUCUUGUCAAUGUUGCGUUUACUACAGACGAUAUCGAAGAGCUAGUAAAAUUAUUAGUGUUUAAAGACAAUUUGGAAUUAUUGAACCAUUUAUUAACUAAUGAUGAUCUUUUCGAAGAAGAAAACAUAAUGCGUGCUAUUAUAGACCAGCUUUCCAGCACUCCGGAUAUUGAAACUACAAUCCCAUACCUUUCAAAAAUUCCCAUUCAAUGUUUCGAUAAAAAAACAAGAAUAAAAUUACUUGACCAAAUCUCAAUGCAGCGCCGCAUCACUGAAAAUGAUAUGCAUAUGCUAUUUCAUCUACUGGAAAGUCCUACGUUUAGAUCAACCAUUGAAAGUGAUGUUACUUCUCUCUAUAGUUUGAUGUCACAAGAUAUUAACAGGUUAACUUUCACUAAUAAAGUCUUUGAAAGAAUUUGGAACAAUCAUAUUCUGCAAUUGAAAGAAGAUACGAGUGUUUCCUUCAUCCAAAACAUGCUUGCUACUGUGUCUGAAAACUUGAAAUCUUCGAAUGAUUUUGAUAUGGUAUAUUUCCAAAUGGCAUUUUUGAUCUUAUCGAACAAUAAAAACAAUAUUGAUUUGAAAAACUUAUAUGAUGUUUUCUUCCUUUCUGCCUUCAAUAAAAUCAAUAAAAUUCUAGACCAUUCUGAUAAAAUCCCAUAUUUGUCUUGGCUGAUCAAAUGUUUAUACUAUAUUUUGAAAGACAACGAUCGUUGCAAUGAAUUUAAAGAGCCAGCACAUAUAUUAAUAUCCACUCUAAUGGAAAACAGUAAGGUUAAGUUGGUUGAAAUGGAUCAAGAACUACUAGGCAAUACAUUUUUAUUAUUUUCAAUAUUCUUUGACGAAAAAUUAGAGAUUAUAUUUGCGCAAUAUAUGGUAUUACGAAAUAAAGGUAUUGAUAAAGAUACUAUAUUACCAGGUAUCGGAAAUGCAGUCACAAACGCAUUAUCAACUGGCCCUACUUCUGAUUUCAAUACUGCCUUUUCUAAUACCAUUUAUGCCUUUGCCGACAAAGAUUCGGUUUUUGCAGAGAGUAUAUUAGAGAUUUAUCUAGUCCAACUAGAAAAACUGUCAAAAGAAAAUACUGUCGGCAAACAUUUAUUUGUAAAAUCCAUUUUAGAAUUCUACACUAAUAUUGCAAACUUUGUUCCAUACAAGGACGCAAUUAUAUCAGUUUUAGCUACCAUUGAGAAUCUUCUAGUUUCCAAACCAUGGAUCUUCUCUCAAUAUUGUAUAGAACAACUUUUCCCAUUAAGCAUUUCUUUACUUGCGCACACCACAGCAGUUGAAACCACAGAUAAGAAUGAUGCUCUUUUUACCGCAACACUAAAAGUAUUGUCUACAGUCUUAUUUGUUCAUCGCGUCAAAUUAACUCAACGUCAUCAUUUAGUCAUAUCUACUUUAUGUCAAUAUCUAGAGAUUAUAUCAUGCUCCCAAGAUUUGGAACUUUCUGCAGAAUCCGCCAAAUUACUAUCAAGAUUUAUAACAAAUUUCUGUGAACCAUCUUCAACAUCUAUAAGUCAAAACAAUGAUGGUAAAGAUAAAUUAACCUCCAAAAUAAAUGUGAUUAAACAAUCGUUGAGGAAACAUAUGCCGAUCGUUCUAAUAAAGUACAUAUAUCUAUCCAUUGGUUCACCAUUCGAAGAUUCUAUAAGAAAAGAGUUAAUACAAUCGAUUUUUUCAAUUUUUAAUCUACUAUCACCUGUUGAGUUAAAUUUAGUCAACGCUAUGUUGGAUAAUGCAGGUAAUCAAUUCUUCAAGACGUUAUAUGCUGAUUAUAAGAAGAAGGGUAAGUGGACAGAGAAUUAA